GAACCAAAGACGAGGCUCUGUGAGUGGAGCUAUGGAGGAGCAAGGAAAUGGGAGGAAAUCAGAUCUUGGUCCUGAAAUUCAAGCCACCAGUUUAUCUUCCUCGUUCAAUCCCAGCAACGAGGAAGACUUUGUGGUACUCGAGAAGGAUGAGACCUGGAUGUCGUCCGAUGGGGACAUCGCUCUUGGCAAGAGGAUAAAGACGGAGGAUUCACAAUCACCUGUAAAAAGAAGAGUUGAAGAGGAGGCUUCCGUUAGCGGCGCUGACCUUCCGCCAGCUUCCAGGGUCGCCCCUCGAGAAAAGGUUAAUGAGGAGGAAAGCAGGAGAAGAUCAGACCCACUUCCAGUCGCUUCCGACAGUGUGAAAGAGCUCGCUAAGAGUUCACCCGACGCCUGCCCUGAGAGGGAGAUGGGUCCACAUUCGGCUGAAGUGACAGGCGGCAGGUGUCGGCUAAAAGGGGUCGGUCACGUCGGAGCUGUCUACGCUGGGAGAGGAACCGCCGAGCGGGAGCAAAACGUGAAAGACCCCAGCAAGAGGCAGGUUUCUAACAUUAGCGAGGAGCACCUGUCCGGCCAAAGCAACCGCGGCUCGGUGAAAAGACCAGGAAACAGCGGUGAGCGGGAUCACGCGAGCCACGAUUCAGAGUUUGUUGCACAAAAAAAGCAAGCGGCUGCAGGUGAGUCCCAUCAGAGCAGGUUUGCUGGGGCCGUCUCCAUGAGGGCCAAAGGAGGUGGUUUGUGGACCAAGAAAGAGGACGGCAGAGCGUCGUGCAAAGCAGGCGACUCGCACCCCCGAAAGGCAGAGUCCCCGGCCUCUGAAACCCCACCAGUACAUGACAAUCCCUUUCUCUCAACGGAACAAUGUGAUCUAAUCCCUCGUCCUCCGCUGCCAGAGAAUGAAGGCCGCGAUGGAAAGACGGAGGUCGCCAGCUUGAAGAGGGAGAGCAAGCUCGUUUGCUUCUCUGCUGUCAUCACCCCUCCGCCCGUAACUCAUCUGUUGCCUAACAGGGACGCGGGGAAAUCACAAACGGUGCCGGAGGCCUCCCGUGAUUCUAAUGAGGAAUCCGUGCCGAGGGAAAAGCCAAAAGCUAAAGGUCCACCUCCGCCUGUGCCCAAAAAACCUAAAAACCCUUUUAUAAAGCUCAAAACUGCACAAUUAAGGUCUACUGAUGUGCACAGAAGAGGCAAAGAACAUUUGCGUUCUGAGGAGAGGCUCAAGAGGAGACACACUUUUGAUUUUUUCAAAGGUCUUCCGAGCAACGCUCCGACCAAUCAGGACAUGUGCUUGCUGUGGGACGAAAGGGGCUCUUACGCGGCGCCAACCAACACGCGGCGGCUGUCAGUUGACCUGAGCCCUUGGGAACAACUUUCACUCCAGCGCAUGGACGAUCAGUACGGAGACAUGAUCGACUACGAAUACUGCGCGCGCAUGGCACGCAGCGUGUCUCCAGAGGAGGAGCCACCGAACUUGGACAUGUUGCAGAGAAGAGUGUUCCUGGAGAGACGAUCCAGAUUCAAAAGCUCGCCCCCUACCGUUGCGAAACAGGCCCCAAAGAGUUUUGCGUCCACAGAGACUAUUCACACGCCUGAGGUCACAUCGUGCAAGGACGUCCAAAGACCAAAAGCUGCUCAUUCAGGAAGAAAAGAGAUUCACCCUGAGCUUCUUUCUGAAAGAGUCAGCGAUGACAACCGUGGUAACUAUGGUAACCGUAAAUGUAACCUCAGUAGUGACCGGGAUGUGGGAAACUGCAAUGAGGUGGGCUCGUUCAAGCCCGUAGCGGAAAUCAUCAAAGAAACCAAUCAAAUGCAGAGACAUCAGGGCCGGGUCAAACCUGAAGGGACCAAAGCUCCGGUUCGGGUGGCGGAGGAGGGUCCCAGUGUGAAAGUAUCCCAAAUGAAGAAUGCCUUUGAUGUCCCAAAGAAAUCCAAAGAGAGACCACCGGAACCUCAACAAUUUCCAAAGAAAGAUAUGUUGCGGCGAGUCGUGCGACAGAGCAAGUUCCGCCACGUCUUCGGUCAGGCCGUGCGGAACGACCAGUGCUAUGAUGACAUCCGCGUGUCCAGGGUCACGUGGGACAGCUCCUUCUGUGCCGUCAACCCUAAAUUUGUUGCCAUCAUCAUAGACGCCAGUGGGGGAGGAGCCUUUCUUGUACUUCCUCUGCAAAAGUCUGGGCGCAUAGACAAGGUCUACCCGACCGUGUGCGGUCACACGGGCCCGGUGUUGGACAUCGACUGGUGUCCCCAUAACGACCAUGUCAUUGCCAGCGGCUCGGAGGACUGCACGGUGAUGGUUUGGCAGAUCCCUGAGAACGGGCUGGUGACGCCUCUCUCGGAGCCUGUGGUCGUGUUGGAGGGCCACUCCAAGAGGGUCGGCAUCGUGUCCUGGCAUCCCACCGCUCGCAACGUUCUCCUCAGUGCAGGGUGCGACAACCAGAUCGUCAUUUGGAACGUGCGCACGGGGGAGGCCAUGAUCAACCUGGAGGACAUGCACCCCGAUGUUAUCUUUAGCGUCAGCUGGAGCCGCAACGGCAGCCUGCUCUGCACCGCCUGCAAGGACAAGAAGGUCCGCGUCGUCGACCCCCGUAAAAAGAAGGUUGUCGCCGAGAAGGACAAAGCUCACGAGGGAGCUCGACCAAUGAGGGCCAUCUUUCUGGCGAACGGAAACAUUUUCACCACCGGAUUCAGCCGCAUGAGCGAGCGGCAGCUGGCUCUGUGGAAACCCGAAAACAUGGAUGAGCCCAUAUGUGUUCAAGAGAUGGACUCCAGUAAUGGAGUUCUGCUGCCCUUCUACGACCCGGACACCAACGUAGUCUACCUGUGUGGAAAGGGCGACAGCAGCAUUCGCUACUUUGAGAUCACUGACGAGGCCCCGUUUGUUCACUACCUCAGUACCUUUUCCACCAAGGAGCCCCAGAGAGGCAUGGGGUACAUGCCCAAGAGAGGCCUGGAUGUCAACAAAUGUGAAAUCGCAAGGUUUUACAAAUUACACGAGAGGAAAUGUGAGCCGAUCAUCAUGACAGUCCCGCGUAAGUCGGAUCUGUUCCAGGACGACCUGUACCCCGACACAGCCGGCCCCGACCCCGCCCUGGAGGCGGAGGAGUGGUUCGCCGGGAAGAACGGAGGCCCCCUCCUGAUCUCGCUCAGAGACGGCUACGUGUCCACUAAGGCCCGCGAUCUCAAAGUGGUGAAGCCCAACGUCCUGGAGACCAAGCCGGCCCCCAAAGCAGAAAACACCUCGACCGUGCAGAAGCACGCUUCUCCGCAGCGCGCAGUAAAGAAAGACCAGAAAAUAGAAGACAAACUGGAAGAGGUGCUCCGAGAGUUCAAGUCACUCAGGGACCGCGUCAUCCUCCAAGACCGUCGAAUCGCCAGACUGGAAGAUCAGGUCGCCAAGGUCGCCAUGUGAGUUUGCGGCCCCGCUUCCCGGGGGGUGGGGGGCGGGGGGGGGGCGCCCCGGUUGAUUUGGGAAUCGAAUGGACGAGGGCCAGCCGCAGCCAAAUUGUCAAGAUUCGGCUCCAUUGAGCUCCAACCGAGCCCUACAUUCCAAGAUCAACUUGUUUUUUUCCACAUCAAGUCUCCAGUUCCACACUUCUCUCCCCGUCCCACCUUUCCCACACAAGGAGAAAAGGAGAAACUCUCUCUGCUCAUGAACACAUUUGAAGAAAAGACAUUUUUGUUGAAGGAAAAGGUCUUAACUUUUUUUUAAUUUUAUUUUUUUAAUUGUGGUAAAGCAUUAUGUGAAGUUUGUACUUACUACUUAAAUUGUAUGUAGCAUCAGUAUUUCCAUUGUUAUCUUAUGUUUUGCCAAAUAUGAAUCGUGUGCCGUUUCAUGCACUGCUUUUACAUUUUAUUUUCUCAAACAUUCCAGUUGCAGGUUGAUUUAGUCGUGCUGGAUUCAUUUUUUAAAUAAUAGCUGUUGAACUUUUCUCCUCCCACCAGUUUUCUCAUUGAUAACCAUCAGAUUUAUGAAUGUGGGAGAAUUCCUUUUUAAGCGUUUUUAUAUUUUAAUUCCCUUUUUUCUUCUGGGUUUAAAAUUUAAAAUUAGGUUUUAUUGGGUGGGUGGGGGGGUUGCAUUUCUCUGGUGUAAAUGUUGUGCAAAUGUAGUGGUGCCUCUUGUCACUGUUAAGGGUCCAACCGAAGGCUCCCUUUCCAGUGCAUAUUUUGUGUUUGGAAGGGGCCACUCCCCCUGCUUUUGUUUCAAUGAAACCCUAACAAAAAGUUCUGUGCACAUAAUAAAGAAUUUACACAUGAAAAAC